AUGGAUGCAAUAUCUGGGUGUGGAGAAGGAGGCUGGACUCUAGUGAUGAAAGUUGAUGGCAAAAAGAGCGAUUUCAACUAUAACUCUCCAUACUGGACCAACAAGGCAGCCUACGAAGUCGAAGAUGGUCUUGAAGGCUUGACAGAAAAACAAACAAAGCUGGCUUCCUACUGGAACACACCGUUCGAUAAAAUUUGCCUCGGAAUGAAAGUCGAUGGUCAGACAAGAUGGAUAGUGCUGAACUACGCCGCAAGUUCGCUAUACAACGUGAUCGGAGAUGGAAGUUUUAAAAGCACAAGUGUCGGGAAGCAAGCAUGGAAAUCUCUUAUCCAUGGGUAUCGCUUCAACAGUGUUGUUAUUCGCUACGUGGCUGCCCUCACAGGGCCAGAAUGCGCCUUUGAAUGUUGGAAACAAGACGGAUGCAGAUCAGUGAACUUCAGGAAAACUCCAAGUUGGGAUAGAAAGAAUAAUUGCGAGUUACUUAGGGAUGAUUCCGAAACAAUGGAAAAAAAUUUCACCAAAGAUGAUCAUUUUGAUUACUACCUUUUACUCAACAAACCUCCCGAUCAGACUACACAAAAACCAUCAAUAGAUGAGAAACCGUUAUCGUCUUGUAAAGAUCUAUUGAACAGGAACAGUGCUCUCCCUAAUGGUGUUUACAAGUUACAAAAUAACGUCUCGCUCGAGCAAUAUGAUGUUUAUUGUCACAUGGAUGCAAUAUCUGGGUGUGGAGGAGGAGGCUGGACCCUAGUGAUGAAAAUUGAUGGCAAAAAGAACGAUUUCAACUAUGGCUCUCUACACUGGACCAACAAGGUAGCCUACGAAGUCGAAGAUGGUCUUGAAGGCUUGACACAAAAACAAACAAAACUGGCUUCCUACUGGAACACACCGUUCAACAAGAUUUGCCUCGGAAUGAGAGUCAGUAGUGAGACAAAAUGGAUAACGCUGGAUUACGCCGCAAGUUCGUUAUACAACGUGAUCGGAGAUGGAAGUUUUAAAAGCACAAGUGUCGGGAGGGGUGCAUGGGAAUCUCUUAUCGAUGGUUCAGCUUUGCAGCCUAAUUGUAACCAAGAAGGAAUCAAUGCAGACAAGUAUUAUGCAUCUUUGCAUUUUGUGCGUGUACGGAUUGGCAUUGUAGGAAAUAAUCAAAACCACUGCGAUAGUUGUGACUCGUGUAUUGGUUUUGGUACUUCAGCUCGAUGUGGUGAUGAUAUAAGAAGCACAACAUGCGGUAAUAUGGCUGUUUGUGAUCGGAUGGAAAACAAAAACACACCAGCAUUUGGAUUUAUACUUGUACAUUAGUCCCGCACGAAACAUCUUAUAGAAUCGCUCCCACUAAUAGGAAUUUUUAUAUACAUACAAAUUUUUCGCCUGAUUUCCUUUCUAAAUGGAGUAAAUUCGACCCUAGCAGUCAAAAUUAAAAAGAAUAUCGAGGGAAACUUUUCGUUCGCUCGAAAACUUCAGCCUAACAAGAAGGAAAGAAAUCACCACAGCUAAAAAGGGCAUACUGGAAUUAGUAUAAUUGUCAGGUUUGGCUACAAAAUAUCAAGUA